AUGAGUAUCAUUAGUCUUAUAUUAUUAGGUACAUUAACCAGUGCUUUUACUACUGAAAUUGCUGGAGGAAAAAUGGAAUGUUUCAUGGAGAAAAUAGAAAAAGGAACACAUAUUGCAAUUUAUUAUCAAGUUAUUGAAGGAGGAAAUAAUGACAUUAGUUUUGUUAUGUACAACCCAAAUGGACAAAUAUUUGUUGAAGAAAAAAGACAAUCAAGUGGAAUGGUAGAUAAAGAGGCAUUGUAUUCUGGUGAACAUAAAAUCUGUUUAGAUAAUAGUUAUGCAUCAUUUAGUACAACUAAAACGGUUGCGUUAUUUAUGGACUUUUCUUCACAAGACACUAUUGCAAAUCAAGAACAAGCUGAUAAAGUUGAGAAUUUAGCAAAUGAAUUAAAUCACCUUCUUACACAUGCUAGAAAUUGA